AGUUAAACGAGGUAUUAAUUCUCUUAGGUGUAAAACGUUUGUUUUGAAUGCAGAGUAUUGCUGUCAAGAAUCAUCUUAUUUAGAUGCGUUCGUUUCGACAGUUGGCAGUUUUGCCAGGUAUACCGACUAGAAACAAUGAGCGGGAGAAAGUGAUGGUUUACGAGAAGUUGCGAGUGUUCUCUUGUGGGACAACUCGACAUGAUCCAAAAGUUUCGGGAUAAUACACCUGAUCUUUAAUGAUUAAUUUUCCCUUAAAUAAUAUUAUUUAAUAUAAUGCUGUGUAUUUGAGUUCUUUGGUUCACUUGUUUGUUUGUAAAGAGCGCUUUUGAUUUCAAAACGUUUUAUGUCGCGAACGAUUUAACGCUUUCAAGAUGGGUAUUCAGGGUUUAAUACCAUUUUUGGACAAGGUAUCGUCUAGAAUUAAUAUAUCCCAGUACAAAGGGUGUUGUGUAGCCGUAGAUGCCUACUGUUGGUUACAUAAAGGUGCAUAUACCUGUGCAGAAAAAUUAGCUAGAGGAGAAAAAUGUGAUGCGUACGUGUAUUACUGUAUGAAAUAUGUAAAUAUGUUAUUAUCACAUAAUAUUAAACCUAUACUAGUCUUUGAUGGAAGACACUUGCCAGCCAAAGCAGGAACAGAGAAAAAACGUCGUGAGUCUCGAGCAAUGAACCGCAAAACUGCCUCUGAAUUGUUGAAUGCAGGUCGUGUAGAUGAAGCACGUAACUAUUUGCGUCGCUGCGUGGAUGUUACUCAUACGAUGGCACUUGCACUCAUUAAAGAGUGUCGCAAAAUUAAUGUAGACUGUAUUGUUGCUCCUUAUGAAGCAGAUGCUCAAUUGGCUUAUCUUAAUCUUCAAAACAUAGCUCAGCUGGUUAUCACUGAAGAUUCAGAUUUGAUAUUAUUUGGCUGCUCUAAGAUUGUUUUUAAGCUGGACCUUCAAGGCUAUGGACUUGUUGUGGAACGUGAUCGUUUGCACCUUAGUAUGGGGUUACGUGCUGAAAACUUUAGCUUUGACAGCUUUCGUUAUAUGUGUAUUUUAUCAGGAUGUGAUUACCUUCCAUCAUUGCCAGGCAUUGGCCUCAACAAGGCUCUCAAAUUCAUCAAUAAGACAAGAGAUCCGGACAUCCAUCGAGCACUUCGACGUAUGCCUAGUUAUUUGAAUAUGACCCAACUGAAAGUGAGUGAGGAGUAUCGUGACUCUUUUAUGAAGGCAGAUGCCACUUUUCGGUAUCAACCAGUAUUUGAUCCUCGGUCACGUUGUUUAGUACCUCUGACAGACCCACCUGAAGGAGAGGAGACGCCAGCAAUUGUGAAUGAGCAGCUUCAUCCAGAUAUUGCAUUUCAACUAGCUCUGGGUAAUAUGGACCCAUUCACUCUUGAAAGAGUAGACAACUUCAAUCCUGACUGUCCCCAACAAGGGGUGGUAAGUCUACAGAAGAGAAGCUGGGGUUCUGCAGCUGCAUCUACUCACCCUAGUAUCUGGUUACCAGAUUUCCCAGGCUUUCAACCUCUUCCAGAAAAGAAGCAAUUUCCUGGCAUGUUAAAUUGUUCAGCAGUGCUUGAUGUGACUCCUCUUCACAAGCCCAAGGUUCCUGGAGCAACUGCUUCAGAUGAAGCUGAAGAGAAUACACUUCCAUCUCCAUCUGAACUGCAAUCCAUGUAUGGAAGCAAUAAGACUCCAUUACCUCCUUACAAGAGGAUGUGCCCUACUCCUAGAGACAAUGGGAGUGUAUCAAAUUCGUCUGAGAAUAAUGCUAGUCCAUCACCAGAACAGAUAUUGCAAGAGCAAACAUCACCAAUAUUGAAUCCACGUAGGUCACGCAAUCCAUUUGCAAAGCCAAAGCAGAUACCAUCUGCUGGUUUGGGGCCCCCUGGUGCUAUGGGGCGUCCCAACUAUUUUAGUGCUUUGCGUAAAUUUGAUGGCAUUUACCCCAUGGAUUUAGACUCAAAUGUCGUAAUUUUGAGCAGGUACUUUAGGUCUUCGGAGAUAACAGACAAGAAUCAGCCACUUAAUCCUGAAAAUCAAACAGAUGAAAUAUUGAAAGAUGUAUCAAACACAAGUCCUCAAGUAUCAGCAGAUGACAUCCUUGAAGAGGACAAAAUUUUUUCAGGAUAUUCUUGUGAUAAAGAGAACACUUGUGAUUUAAAUUCUCACCAAAAUGAAUCGGUAUUAGAUACUAUUGAGGCUGCUCAGAAUAAAUUGAGUUCACCCUCCCAACUGAAACAUGUAAAUAUUUCAAAUGCAGACAUUGGUGAGAGUCUAGAUGCAAGUGCAGAUGAAAGGAUGGAAGUUGAAAUUGAAGAGGAGGAUGAUGUUUUGAGACAGCAAGCUGAGAAUAACACUAAACCCAGAAGCCCAAUACCUUCUUUUAAUUGGAAGCAGUUCACAAGCAAAAAGUCUCUUUUAUCCUCAAAGCUGGGCAGUUCACAAGCAGCUAGUAAGACAUUCAAAAACCCGUUUCGAAAGAGGAGUGCUACCAAAUCUAUUGAAUUACCACUGCAAGUCAAUGAAGGGAUAAAUAAUGCAGAAGUUGGAGAAUCUCCUUUUACACAUACUGCUUUAGAGACGAUUCCAGAAAUACAUCUGGAGACGCAGGAAAUGUCAGAAUUAUCUAAGGGAUCUCCACAAGCAACAAAUUGCUCUAGGGACAGAAUUCCUAACUCCUCCCAAGAUAAAUCUGACCAACAGUUAAAGGAUGUCCCUUGCUCAUCCUCUCCAACUGCCAAAGGGCUCUGUAGUGGAAGAACGAUGUCUUGUGGAGAUGAGAUGGUGCCAUCAGAAGAUUCAUUGUGGCAUCAGAAGCAGCAGGAGGAGGAUCCAUGGAGCUGUGGCUCCAGUGACAGUGGCUACCAGGGCUCUCAAGAAGCACCCAAGUCUGUUUGGCAUUGCACUGAUAAGAAGAGAAAUCCUUCAACACCUGCUCGGAGUACACCUACAAGGCAUCGGUUGGGUCUUGGUCUUGCUCAAGCUCCACCAAAACAAAAUCUCCUAGCACAUUAUGGAUUCUCUAAAAAGAGAAAACUAUCUCAUUAGCAUAUCUGUGCUGAGAGGCUGAAAGGGGAUAUAUGUUCCUUGUUCAUUGCAUCAUUGUUCUAGUUCCAAAUAAGGGGAAAAUCCAUUUUGUAUUAAUGUUUCUGUAAAUAUAUUAAUAUCAUUUUAUAUAUAAUUGCACUCAGUGUUGAAUGAAAUAAAAUAAAAAUGAAUGUUUUUCCGUGCAGCUAUGGACCCUUAAGUAUUGAUUGAUUUCAGCAUGGAACAUCAAAGGUACAUGUUCAUUGCUUAUGUUGAACCACCAAAUUACUGUUAAUAAGCAUUUUUGACAAAAUCUGAUGUUAGAAAUAUUUGCUCCCGUGUGCUUCAGAUUUCAUAUAAUAGUCCUGUCGACAAAAUUUGCAAACAUCCUACUCCUCUUGUAUCUAGCAGAAUGAGAGCUCAAGAAAGCAUGCACAGAUAAUCCAUUUGCCAUUCUUGUGGUUUUUAGUUGUCUUUAAUGUCUGAAAUACUGAUAUAUAUGUAGCGUUCCAAUGUCAUGUAUCUAGGUGAGAAAUAAACCUGUGUAUUUGUAAAAUAUUUAUAAAGUAUAGGAAAUAUUAUUAAGUUGUAAUUAUUCUGACUUGAGUGUAUGUAUUAAUAUUUGGAAAAGAAAGAUACUGCGGAAAUUGUACGACGAUCAACAGUUUAACAUUCAGGUAUACUUUUGUCUUUUUGGUCAAUUAAAGUACACGUUUUCAAAAAAACCAUGUGGUAGUGGAGCACGACUUAUGGCAUAAUAUUUAUUCGCAUCAUCAGGUGUAAACAAAAAAUUAAUAUACUUGCCUGUAAAUAAAAAAUUAAUAAUAUUGCUUUGAAUAAAAGUAUUAAAAAUAAAAUUUCACAGUAAUCAGAGAUGAAAUUGUGGAAUAAAACGGGUAGAAAAAAGUAUUGUGACUUACUAGAAUGUCACACGAGUGUGAUUCGUGAUAUGAAUUGAUGGAUUGAGAAUACAAGUUGUGGCUAUUAAUUUCC